AUGAAUGCGGAUUACUAUCGCAGUGAUCCGUAUCUCCAUGAUGAGCAUGUACAUCAUUCACUAGAGCGCUACCCCUCUCGCCACUCUCCUCAGUACCACAAGUACGAAUAUCCUAUGAACGACCUCGACCUGGACGACUAUUACGAGCGUCGAAGGCUUGCGCCACACUAUCGAGACUUUCGCGGAUAUGAUAGGGACUGUCGAUGGGGCAGUGAUGAACAGCUAAGGAGAGCUAAUCGCGAAGCUGCAAUCUUGAACAGCCAAAUCAGACAUCCACGUCAAGGAGUGCACGUACAUCCCAUGGUCACGUUCGAUGGCAUGUACCCUCCUUCUUUCAGGAGACCUCGGCGCCUGGAGGACUUUGUAUUCAUGGAGAACUAUGAUUUGGACGAGAUCAUGAUGGCAUAUGAACUUGGUCGGGAUCGACGACGUUAUUACAAUGGUGCCAUGGCGUCUCGCUGUGAUGACGACGGCGACCAUCUUUACUCGACUCAAUCUGGUCGACGACGUGACUUGAUCGCGCUGUUCGAGUUCCUUGGUGCGCAUCAGCUCGUCGAGUGUCUGCGCUACAGCUAG